CCUUACACCACUUACUUUCCAUAGCCAACAGUUGAAUUCCCUCUCAAUCAGAAAGGUAUGUAUUUAAGGAUGAAGUGCACUAUACUGUUCCUUGUGCUGUCGAUGGUCGUCCUCAUGGCUGAACCUGGGGAAGGCUUUAUUUCCCAUAUUAUCGGUGGAAUUAUUCAUGCUUGCAAGGCUAUCCAUCGCGCAAUACAACGUCGCAGACAAAGAGGAGAACUGCAGGUAGAGCAGGAACUGCAGCAACAACUACAGCAACUGAAACAACUUCAGCAACAGGAAAAGCUGAACCAACGCUUUAACCGAGAGCAGCUCAAACGAGAGAGAGUUGUUUUUAACUAGACUUCCACCCGAAAGAGAAAGUCUAAAACUCUUUACUGUAGUUGAAUGCUUUAUGCGCCUCUGAAAAACAAACUAAUUAACAUGACCUGCUAUGGCUUUAAAAUGUGUCUGAAUGAUUGAUGACAUGAUGAGAUGAUUUAAAGAGACAAAUGAGAUGUAUUGAGUAAAUUUUCAAUAAGGUUCAAUAAUUUUCUGCAACACUUGUAAUGUGUAGAACUACUUUACUGUUUCAGCAACACAUUUUAUUAUAAUGCUAAAGCAUCCAUCCAUCCAUUCGCUUCCCCUUAUCCUUUUCAGGGUCGCUGGAGCUGUCACCCUGGACAGGUCACCAGUCUGUCGCAGGGCUAACACACAGAGACAGACAAUCAUUCCCACUCACAUUCACCCCCGCAUUCACACCUAAUAAUGCUAAAGCAAAAAAUAAAU